AUUUGAUCUUACAAGUUACAAGUCCCUCCAUACAUUUUCGGAGUCUCGAGCAUUGAUAAGGAUUUAUCGAAGAUGUAUACGUAAAGCAUUGGAGUCAAGCCAACCCAGUUGAUUGAUCUUCUCGGGAUAUAAUGGCUUAUUUCAAGUGGAUUCCCAAGCCCGCAUUAGUGGCGAGGGAGGAUCUAAUGAACUUAUGGGAUGCAUGGGGGAUCCAAAUGCUCGUGAUCGGAAGCAUUUCCUUCCAAGCGGUCCUCCUCUUUGGGAACCGCCGACGGUCUAUGACUGGACGCACCGGCAUAUUGAUGAGGACGAUUUUCUGGGUCACAUACUUGUUUGCCACAGAAGUUAUACCUUACUCUCUUGGCAAGCUCACGGGACUACGAGUCAUCGAUCCUGCUCAACCCGAUCCAAACAUCGAACUCAAGGCAUUCCUGGCCCCUUUACUUCUGCUGCAGCUCGGGUAUCCGGACAAUAUCACGGCCUACUCGAUGGAGGACAACCGAUUGGGUUGGAGACAGGUUCUGAAUAUGGCCAUUGUAGUGGCUGUUGUCACUGGAGUUCUUAUCAGAUGCUGGAGUUACUCCAUCUUUGUAUUCUUGUACUUCCCAAUGUUCGUGGCCGGCAUAGUCAAGUAUGCGGAAGGUGUAUGGGCUCUCAAGUUCGCUCUCGGCUGGAACAUCGGCACUACCGGGAAAGAAAGUGCACCAGAGAUUCCUCAUUUCUUGAGAGACUUGCCGGAGGAAACCCACGAUCUCAAGUUGCUUGUCAAGGCUUAUUAUCGCUUCCAUUGCUUGAAACCGCACCUGGAAAACUGGAUUUAUCAUCCUGACGACGUAUCUGAUCUCCAUCUCUCGAUCGAACAGUCCUCGUCCGCAGAUAAAUUCAUAGUAACAGAGAUGGAGCUUGGAUUCAUGUACGAUGUGCUUUACACCAAGGCACCGAUAAUUUACACCAAGCUGGGUUUAAUUGUCCGGUUCGUGAGUUUCUUUUUUCUAUUCGUCACGCUGUGUGCAUUCAGAAUUCUGGCAAGAACUUUGCCUCGAAAUGUUUCGGCAUAUACCAACUUCACCUUUUCUGUUCUUACAGUCACUUUCCUUAUAGAAAUGUAUCAGAUCGUACUAUUACCCUUUUCAGAUUGGGCGAUCGUAAAGAUGGCUAAACGUCAUAAAUGGCCACUUGUGCUGCCUUUCUUACGAAGCCUAGCACCUAGAUCUGCGCGGCGGUGGCGACGUUGGUCGAACAAGCUGGAUCAGUUCAAUCUGCUUACCUACUGUAUUCAAGAUGAUUGGACAAGGUACAUCAAAUUCUUGAAAUGUUUCGGCGUUCAAGAAUACAUCAAAAGGAACUGGAGGCUUAAUAGAAUGGGGGGGCCCGUUUACUUCAGCUUUUCUGAAAAGGUAAAAUUGUGGGAAGAAUUGAAAAGAUCCGAAAUAAGGGGCUCAUAUCUGUUCAGCCAAAGAGUGGAUUGGACUUUGGAUAGAUUUACCGAAACAGAUGAACUGAGAUGGAGUGUGGAAAAGGGGUUUGACAAGUGCAUUGUCGUAUGGCACAUUGCAACAAAUAUAUGCUACCAUCGCAGCGAAGACUCGUCCGAUUUUCCCUAUCUAAGCAAUUUGAUUUCGGAUUAUAUGAUGUACCUUCUAGCUAUUCAUCCUUACAUGUUAUCGGUCAUCACGGGAGAUAUCGUCUUUGCUCAUGCUUGCUGUGAGAUCGAGUCAAUCCUGAAAGAUGGAGCUUUAAUAAAAACAGAAAAGGAUUUAGCCAGGAGCAUUCUGACUGCUGUGGAAAGGCCCCCUUCAUCAAGCUUGAGGGAAAAUCCCGGUGCGAGAAUAACAUCGGAAUGGGACGUGAUAUCCGACUCAAAAAGACUUGCCCAGUUGUUGUGGAAGAGAGGAGACAAAUGGCAGAUAAUAGACAGUUUCUGGAUGGAGAUGCUCUUUUCCGCCACCAAGAACUGCCGACUGUCGCACCACGCGGACCAACUUCGGCGAGGUGGAGAGUUGAUCACUCUCAUCUGGCUUAUUGUAGCUCACAAGACAGACAAAACCUUAGCAUCAUAGUAUAUGCCGAACCAUGUUUCAUACUGGAUGAUAAGUAUAGGUUGUGAAAUCUG